GCUCUGAGCUCCCCACUAUAAAGUGCCCCCCCCAUUGGCUUCUUCCUCCACACACAAGACACCACACAUCACAGCUCGGAACUGCUUUGCAUCUCGUAGAAAAGAGAACAGAAGAGCGAGUGAAGUUACCUCGGCUAGUAGGGUUCAUUCUUGGGCAAGAGUGUCUAGCUCCCGGUACCUCUGUGGCUAUGCACCACCACCAGGCCAUGGGCGACGCUCUGUGGGAUCUGCUCGGGGAGGAGAUGGCGGCGGCGGCGGCCGGCGAGCACGGCCUGCCGCCGGGGUUCCGGUUCCACCCCACCGACGAGGAGCUCGUCACCUUCUACCUCGCCGCCAAGGUCUUCAACGGCGCGUGCUGCGGCGUCGACAUCGCCGAGGUCGACCUGAACCGGUGCGAGCCGUGGGAGCUCCCCGAGGCGGCGCGGAUGGGGGAGCGCGAGUGGUACUUCUUCAGCCUCCGCGACCGCAAGUACCCGACGGGGAUGCGCACCAACCGCGCCACCGGCGCCGGCUACUGGAAGGCCACGGGGAAGGACCGCGAGGUGCUCAACACCGCCACCGGUGCGCUGCUCGGGAUGAAGAAGACGCUCGUCUUCUACAAGGGCCGCGCCCCCCGCGGCGAGAAGACCAAGUGGGUCCUCCACGAGUACCGCCUCGACGGCGACUUCGCCGCCGCCCGCCGCUCCUGCAAGGAGGAAUGGGUGAUCUGCAGGAUUCUCCACAAGGCAGGCGACCAGUACAGCAAGAUGAUGAUGGUGAAGAACCCCUACUACCUCCCCAUGGGAAUGGACCCCUCCAGCUUCUGCUUCCAGCAGGACCCCGCCGCCGCUCCCCUCCCGAACCCUAGCGGCUGCACGACCGUCGCCGGCGUCCCCUUCCACCCCGGCGCCCAUCCCGGCAUGCAGCUUCCACUGCUGCCGAGCAGCCAGGGCAAGAUCACCAGCGGCGUCUGCGGCUUCCCCGCAUCGGCCUGCAUGCAAGAGCCGCCGGCUCACGGCUCCGGCGGCGGCAGCAGCAACGCCAUGGGCAUGCCGCCAUACCAUCAUCCCUUCGCCUCCCUUGCCGCUGGCGGCAAGCCGGCCCCGCCGCCGCCGUCCCAGGUCGGGGUCAACGGCGCCGGCCCGCAGGAGCCACCGCCACCGCCACCUGCCAGCUGGCUGGAGGCUUACGUGCAGCACGGAGGGUUCCUUUAUGAGAUGGGCCCGGGUGCAGCGCCAAGGGGCGAGUGAUCCGGACCGUUGGUCCCUUAGGGUUGUCGGGUUUACCUUAUGAUGAUCUUCUCUUUCAGUUGCUAGUGGAAUCUUUCUUUCAGGUUUCAGCUGAACUUGCAAGUGCAAUCGAAGUUCAGACAAGAGCACUUGUAGCUUAGAUCUGUCAGUCAUUUAUUGCUGUUAAUUAGCUCCUUAGUUGUUAACAAAUCAUGCGUACCUAGGUAAGCUAGUUAGUAACUUGCAUGCAUGCAUUUGGAUCAUCAGAGAGAAGUAGUGGUACUUGUACUGUUGAUCCACCCACAUGCAGUGUGCUUGGUAAUAUAUGUAUCAAUCACUUUGUUCCAUUGCCAUGAUA